AUGGAUUUAAUAAAUCAUGAUAAUUUUAAUUUAGAUAGAAUGGCUGCGUAUUUACUCAGUGAUGUGGGUGAUUUUUUUGAUAGCCAAGGUGUAUUUGUUCCAAAGAAUAAAUGUAAAAAUAGAUUUUUUCAAAUAUUUUUAGAAUAUUUGGACUCAAAUAAUGACAUUUUAAAACCGACUGAAGAACAAUUUCAUAAAUUAAAAAGAAUCUUCACCAAAAUAAAAAAUUAUGAUAGCUAUAAAUAUUAUGAAAUAUUUUUAAUAUCAUCCUACAAUGAUUAUUUAAAUUUUAAUUUUAACAAAGAAGAAAAAGAGGAAAUUACAUAUUCAUGGCUGGUAUACUGUUUAAAAAUGCAAGAGUAUCAUAGGAGUUUUUCAAUUAAAGUUUUAAAUUUGUUACAUCAAUAUACCAAAAAGAAUACUAGUUAUAUUAUAAGCGCAUAUAAAAAUAAUAGUGUUGGAAAAGAUUUCAAAUUGUUACAUUUGUUAUUCUCACUGCUAUCAUUCAGAGGUAAAAUCAGUAUUCAAGAUUAUCAAGAAUUUAAAGAAGGUAUAAUUGCUUUUUUCAAUGGUGUAUACGAAGUCUUUUUUUCAUUCUUUUUAAAUAGACAAUGGCAUGGCAUUUAUAAUGAAAAUGAAUAUAGAAAUAGAAGUGUAAUUGAAGAAAAUAAAAAUCAAGUAAAGAAAGAGACUGUUAGAGAAUCAUACGAUGAAAAUUUACCAGAUGAUUUAAAUGAGGAGAAUUAUUUCGAAAAUAGUGGUGACGAAGAAGAUGUCUUGGGCCAAGAUGAGUUAUUAGAAAACAGUAACCAAUUUAUUGUUGAAGAUUUAAGCAUAAAUGAAGUGGACGCAAAGAAGAAAUGUUUUGCUUUCAAUACAGAAGGGGUCGUUAGAUUUUUUAUAUAUUUAUCAACACCAUUGGAAAUUAAAAUCAACCAAAGUUUAUAUUUCGAAGACUUUGGUUCAACAAUCGAGUGUCUAUUAAACAAUAACGAGUUUAACUAUCAAGUGUUUUCCGAAUUUAAAAGAAAGUGGUGUUAUGAUUCAGAUCCAACUCCAGGCUCUAAUGUAUUCAAGGAUGAGCUUUUAAAAGAAAUUCUUUUGUUUUUAAUCCGAGAUCCAUCAACUAAUCAAAUAAGAAAACUAUCAAUUUCUUUGGUUUCAAAAAAAUUUAGAGAUAUCAUUCUUGAAGAAAUGAAUACAUCACUUCAAUAUCCAAUCGAUAUUGGUAUUAAUAUUUACAACAUCAAAUCAGAUAAUUUAAAUGGCUAUUCAUUAUUGGUGCCAUCCAAAGUAAAGUAUUUAAAGUACUCUGUAAGCAGUUUCUUUGACCCCAAUCUUUCAAUUUUAAAAAUGUUUAAAUCUCUGGUAAAAUUAGAGGUCGAUGGUUUAACCGAGUUGGAUGAAAGUACUUUGCUUAUUCUCGAUUCAAUUAAAACCCUUAAAACAGUUCAAAUCAAUGUUUUGCCAUUCAAUAGAAUUAACGAGUUCUUUCAAGGUUUCAAUGCAUUUCAAGGUUUUAUAAGAGAUCAGUAUUUAGAAACUAAAAGAGAUCUAGAUUUUUAUGAAAUUGAUUGCGAGUCAUUCCCAAAAGAAUUAAAUAUUAAAGUUGAUACCUUUGAAGAGUAUAAAAACACAUUUUAUGGGAAAGAGUUCCAUUUGUUCAUUCAAGAUUAUAAAGGUGAAUUCGACUGCAAAUUAAAUCAAAUAAUGAAUUACCACAUUCACAUAAUCAAAUAUAAAAAGAUAGAGACCACUUGUAUGGAUUUCCUUUUACACUAUUUUCCCAGUUUUCAUUUAGGCAAGGUACCAAGUUUUUCAUUAAAGUUAAGUACAAGACCAGAUAAAAAAGUAUUGGAAUCUUUUAAAACACACAGACAAUAUAAAAAACUAGAAAAUAUUUUAGAAAUCGAAUUUAUUGUAAGCAAAAUUUGUAAUAUAUCAACAAUUCAAACAAUGCUAUCAGUAUUAGAGAAUGCCACCAAUUUAGAAAAGGUUUCGUUAAAGAUUCAAUAUGAUGCAAAGUGUGACGGUUUACUCGAAGAUGAUGACAUUCAUUCAAAUUGCUCCUGUGGCCAAAGUCCAAAUAUAGAUAAAAUCAUUGAGUUUCAUGUAGAAUUAUUAUUUAAAUCAAUUUCAGAGAAAUUUAAAAAUGUUAAAUCAAUCGAAAUAUCAGACUACUUUAAGAAAUCAAUUUAUAUUAGUUGGAGAAAAGUUAAGCUAUAUAACUUUAAAGUAAAUUUUCCUUUUAAAUACAUCUAUUUUAAUAAAAAAGCUAAAAGCUUUACAUUAUAA